GCUGCAUCAUUUUGGGUCAACUAUUGUCUCUACUAUUGAGUGGUAAAUGUAUUCUUACCACACUCCUACAAAGUGCUACUUGGCAAUUUCCUACUACUGGCCAGCUAAUUAUACCCUAUUUAAUACUUUUUAUUUUAUUCACACCAUCCCUAUUAUGCAUUGGACCUAAAAAAAUAUUACAAAAGUGGUGGUUAGUGCUUAUAUCUUGUGCUUUAGAUGUUGAAGCAAGUUGGCUUCUUGUGCUAUCACAGCGUUUCACAUCAGUACUUAGCUGACAACUGCUAGCAUGUAGUGGAGUAGGAGCUGCAUUGGUGGGUGGAGCGUGGAGGGGUCAAAGGCUGGGUGUGGCUCAUGUAGCGGGUGCUACCUUGGGCCUCAUGGCAGUUGUAUGUGUUGUAUGGGCUGAUGUUGAGGGUGCUCCUACUGAUGGUAAAAAUCAACUUGUUGGAGAUAUGCUCUGCUUAGGAGGUUCUCUCCUUUAUGCAGUAAUGACUGUGCUCCAAGAAAUCAUGCUCGAAUCACAUUCAUGUGCAGAGUACCUGGCUCUGCUUGGUUUUAUUGGCAGUGUUCUCUCUUGCACUCAAACAUUUUUCCUGGAGUUUGGAGAAGUAUUGACAUUUAACUGGUAUGAGCUUGAUACAAUUGUGCAGCUGGGAAGUUACUGUGGGGUGCAGACUAUAUUUCAGAUAUUGCAGAGUUUUAUGCUGCGUGAUUCUGGCUCUAUUAUACUGCAUCUAUCAUUUCUAUCUGCAGAUUAUUAUACUCUUAUUGCUGGAAUGUACAUAUUUCAAUUUAAGUUUCAUGCGCUGUACUUCCUGUCGUAUUUGUUGGCCAUGGUGGGCGUGUUCCUGUUCAGUUCGCGAGCCACGUGUCCGCCGCCAGCGCCCAUACUUCCUCAACUUAUCCAUGAUUCUGUGCAGUCACAGGAUAAUGUUUCCAUGGAGUUCACAGUGCCCACUCUGGACUGCAUUCCCCUCUCAGAGGGUCUUGAACCACCCAUGAGUAGAGAUACAACAUUUACAUCAUUCCUUGGAGGGCCACAGACAAACUUAUCUAAUGUUCCAAAUGGAAAUGUCACUUUUGGACACUCAAACGGUAUCAACAAUACUAAAGAACCAACUCAAAAUUAGCAAUGUUGUAUUUAUUGUCUUAUAGCAUCUUAAAAUUUGUAUUAUUAGUUAAGGAAUAAUUAAGUUCAUAUUUUAGGACCAAAGUAAGUAACCGCCUCAAACAUAUUGUUUUUGAAUAUUACAAUAUUAUUAUAUUCUAAAAUCAAAUUAUAAUUUCAAUAGUCUUAUUUAUUUACAGUUGAUUACGCUUAAUAGUUAUAAUAUAAUUAGCUAAAAUAUAUCUCAUUUAAAACAAGCAGGAAUUUGAAGUGUUAGUUCACUAGAUUCAAUGUAUGUAUUUGUAAAGAAAUCUACCUACCUUGAAUUAUUGUUUUAACAAAUUGAAUCUUAAGUCCUAGAUAAAUUUACAGUUCUGUUGUUAAAUUCUCAAGAAUGUAAUUCAUAUUUUGUGCUUAACAUUUGUUAUACAAAUAAAUUAAACUAAAAGUAUCUUAAUAAAUCUAAAUAUUAGUAGCAUUUAAUUUAAAUGUUUGUAGAAGUAUAUAAUAAUAGUUAAUAUAAAAUUUAGCGCACAGUAUAACCUAUCGAAAAAAUAAUACCAUAUUGUUAUUGGAAUUAAAUUUUAACCCGCAAUAAACGAAUUGAAAAUUUGUAUAAACAUAAACUGCCAUAUACUCGAAUUUUUACUCAAUUUUAAUCAAUUAGAUUUAGUAAUGUUUGUAUGGAAUUUUAAUGUAGUUUCUACAUAGAUUUAAGUAAUAUUCUUAAAUAGUACAUGUAAUAUUUUCUUGUGGUAUUUAAAGUAGUGUCACUUUUUAAAACACUUAUUAUUGUUUUAAACAGCCAUGUUAAAAGCUGCAUUUACAUUUCUAUGAAAACUAUUUAAGUAUAAAAUAGUGCGUGAUUUUAUAGAAAAUUUUUAGGUAAAUUAGAAUGCUUUAUAUAUUACUUUAUUUAACCAAAGAAAUAUAUAUAAUAUCUAAAAUCAAUAAAUAUUUCUUUUUUUAAAGAUUCAAAAUAUUUUAAGUACAUUAAACUAUUUCAUACUGUGAUUUAUUUGAUAUUAAGAGAUUAUUGUGAUGUUAUAUUUUAAAGAAUUUAUUCGAAUUGAGUUAUAUUAAUUAUUUACUGUAAUUGCUUAUCUAGUAUAAGAUGUAUGUAUAACGCUCAAUUACUAAAAGUAAGAUUUUAAUAUGCAAUUUAAAUAUUUAGUCCAUUAGUUAAAAUAUUGAUUGACUCAAAAUGAUAAAUGGAUUUGAAUGUUUUUAUUUCUUAUUGAAAAGAAACAUGUUUGCAUAGUUAUGCUAAAUGUUUUUUCUAUACAUAAAAUAUUAUAUUUCAAUAAAAACUGUACAAAAAUUAACAGUCGGACGAUUAAUCAUAUUAAUUAGUGUAGGGCUUUGGGCUACUUGCUCCAAUCACUAGUCACUUGUCUACUAUCAGACAAUAGUACCUUGUAUUGCUGUUUCGGGUUGAAGAGUGAGUGUGCCAUUGUUAUUACAGGCACAACGACAAUACCAUUGUUAGUGCGAGGAAUACGUAAUAUUCCUUUCAUUGUGAAUGUCUAGGCGGUUAUGACCAGUUAGUCUUUUCUCUUCACAAAUAUGGUCUGUAUGUAUUUGAAAUGACUUUGGAUUGUUAUAUCGCCCUCGAUUAACAAGACAGAUGUAAUCAUAGUAUAUAUAUAAAUUAUGUGUUUGUAAGACUUAGUUAUAGAACUCCUAUAAUGUUAUCCAAUUGCCUUAUUUUAUUUAUAUCCUUAGUUUUAAAUCUAAAGAUAUUCAUAAAAAGGGUAUUUUAUAGUUUUCUGCAUGUUUUCUCCUUGAAGGGUAAGAGAUUGAUUUUUUAUCAAGUUUUAGAUUGAUUGGGAAUAUGUUGCAAUUGUAUUUUAAAUAAUAGGUAUUAAAUAAUAACACCAAUAUCUGAAUGAGAUUUUAUCCAUAAUUAUUUCUGCAUGACUCAAAAAUUUGUCUCACUAUAUAAUUAUAGAUCAUAAAAUAUACAAUUUUUUCAAGAA